CGCCCCUUCCGCCCCGUGCUCGGUCCCGGGCAGCCAGCAGGGAAGGCAGGCUUCCUCUUGGAAAGGGCAGCCUGUGGCGCCGGCAAUGGCGGGCUUGUGAGGGCGAGGGACUCCCGCAGGGCUCCCAGGCCGGGCAUGCCUUGCUUCUGUUUGGGGCUGAGACUGACUGCGGGGCCCUUGGGAAGAAGAACCAGUGGCUGGGGCUUGCAGGCCAUUCGUCACCAUCUUGCAAUGGCUGAAGAGCUGAGAACUGUGACCGCCAACCAGGCAAAGAGGCUAAAGAGUAGCAACUGUGAAAGGGAGGAAGUAGAGAAGGAGGAAGAUGGAAAGCAGGAAGAGAAGGGGCAUACAGUGAAACGGUUCAAGGCCAGCGAAGAGGAUGUCGAGGAUGGGACCAAGAGGUUUCCAAAGAGGAAGAUUGUGCUGCUGAUGGCAUAUUCAGGGAAAGGCUACCAUGGGAUGCAACGCAAUGUGGGGAAUUCUCAGUUCAAGACCAUUGAGGAUGACUUGGUUUUGGCCCUCAUUCGGUCAGGAUGCAUCCCAGAAAACCAUGGAGAGGACAUGAAGAAAAUGUCAUUUCAGAGAUGUGCCAGGACAGACAAGGGUGUUUCUGCAGCUGGGCAAAUCGUCUCUCUGAAGGUCUGGCUGAUAGAAGAUAUUUUACGGAAAAUCAACGAUCAUCUUCCUCCUCAUAUAAGAAUUCUUGGGCUCAAAAGGGUCACAGGAGGGUUCAACUCUAAGAACAAAUGUGAUGCCCGAACCUAUUCUUAUAUGCUGCCAACAUUUGCUUUUGCACACAAGGACUGUGAUUAUCAGGCUGACAUGUUCCAUCUGAGUACAGAGACUCUGGCAACUGUCAACAGCCUCCUGGCUUGCUACAAAGGGACUCAUAAUUUCCACAACUUCACCUCUCAGAAGGGGCCCAAAGAUCCCAGUGCCAAACGUUACAUCAUGGAGAUGUAUUGCGAGAAGCCCUUUGUGAGAGACGGCAUGGAGUUUGCUGUGAUUAAAGUGAAAGGCCAAAGUUUUAUGAUGCACCAGAUACGGAAGAUGAUUGGCCUGGUGAUUGCCAUAGUAAAGGGCUAUGCCUCAGAAUCCAUAAUGGAGAGAAGCUGGGGAGAGGAGAAGGUGGAUGUCCCCAAAGCUCCUGGGCUGGGCUUGGUUUUGGAACGGGUUCACUUUGAAAAAUACAAUAAACGUUUUGGUAAUGAUGGAUUCCACGAGGCCCUGGAAUGGGCAGAGGAAAAAGAGAAGAUUGCUGCUUUCAAAGAGAAGUAUAUCUACCCCACCAUUAUAAACACAGAGAAAGAAGAAAAAUCCAUGACAAAUUGGCUGGAAACUCUAUCUAACCAUGACUUCAACUCUACUGCAUCAAGGACACAGGUGGACAACAGGAACACACAGACCAACGAUCCUGAAGGCAGUGACGGAUUUGGAGAUGACUCAGACUGAACUAAAAUCCUCCUGGAAGGUGGCACAUAAUGGCAUGCAGUUUGGCCCAUGCCAAUCCAAGCAGCCUCUGUUCAGUAAACUCAGGCUUUUGUUCAAGUGGUGGCAUUCAUCUGCUUGCGUAAUGACAAAAUGAUCAGGCUGGGCUGAGACAGAAAGAAAGACAGAAGUGACACUUGAAACAGGCUGUUUAUCUCUGUUUACAGCACAUGAAGGGGCAAUAUGUCUGCUAGACUUACUCGUGCGUUCCUUAUGCUUGAUUUAGAAAAUUGUUUUACAAAGUCAGCAGAAUUAAGUGAUGCUAUGAGACAAAAUCAGAGGACUCAAAGCACUAAUUGGUACAAGCUAUUAGUAAAAAUAUUUUAUUUAGUUUUGAGAGGCCAAACUUUCUUGCUCCCCUUUCAGGCUUUCUGUAGCCAUAUUUCCUUCAACUUGGCCAAGGAAUAAUUGACUCUUCUUGAUUGCCAUACAUUUUGUUUCUUGCCACUGAAAGGCAAAAUAAUGUGUUGCUUUGAAUAGUCUCUCACUGGGGGAUACCUGACUAUUGUUUUCCUUUUAUAAAAAAAUGAAAUUGUCUUAUAGAGAGAUUUCAAAAAUCAUAGCUCUGUUCUUGAAAUAAAGGCUUCUUGUGGUACAAAGUAGAGGAAGAAUGUAUAUUUUCUUGUGAAAAUAUAAAGAGUAGGGCAUAGGAGAGUAAUAACUGGGAGCAUAUUUUUCUCUCCCUUUUUUGCAAGAGAAAAAGAGAUAAGGUAAAUACACUGGUUAAAAUUGGUUAUACAAAAUUGGGACAAUAUAUAAAUAUAACAAAUACAUAAUAUGAGGAAAAAGUUUAAAAUUAUUAUACUGUACAUGCAUUUUGGCCUGCCAGGUCUUCCUCGGUGCUUAUAUAUGAAAUAGCAUUUAUCAUUCCAUAAGACUGGAAUAAAUACUUCUAAUGUUUUCUGAGUAUUUUAUCCUUCAUCUCUGGAUAAUUAUUGUCUAACGCGUGCUGUCUUCUACGCUGCCAGCCUUAUGGAAUUGUAAUGUCUUGCUAUGUCAUUUAUAAGCACUGAGGAAGACCUGGUAGUUUGAAAUGCAUCUUUGUUAUAGUGAUUUUUAACCUUAGUUUACACGCUGUGUAUUGGUCAUAUUUGUCAUAUAACAUUUAUAUAAAUUUUGUAUUAAUGUGGAUUUUGUUUACCUUAUUCCUUUUUAUCAUGCAUCAUUCUUUUGGGGAAAGGUGGAUUCCCUUGUUUCUGCUUCUCUCUCUCCACUGUUUCUCAGUUCCUUAUCUCUGAGAUAAAGAGAUUUAAUUCCUAUGCAUCCCAGAGUACUAGAGAGAGGAAUAACUCCCUCCAAUAUGGAAUUCAUGCCUAAAUACCCUAAAGACACCAAAUCCCUUCUGAUCUUGGAAGCUAAGCAGGGUCAGUCCUGGUUGGUACAGUUGUCCCUUGACAUUUGUGGCUUUGUCACUUGUGGUUUUGAUUAUUCACGAGGUCAAGGCCACUGCGCACACACUCCUCCUCAUCCCUCCCAUGCUUUUUUCCCUGGGGAAAAAGCCCAUGUGGGAGAAGCCAGGAAGAGUGCACGUGCCAAUCCCACUCCUUUCCAGGACGGAGAGCUGCCUCUUUCCCCAAGCAGCUCUCUGCCUUGGGAAGAGGUUUGGGAAAAUAAACCCCCACCCUUUUCCAAGACUGGGAGUUGCCUGGGGAAAGACAACUCUCUCACCUUAGGAAGGGGUUUGGGGAAAGCAAACCCACACUCCUUCCUGCUGUUCCAAGGCUUGAGAGAUCUUCCUGGAACUCCCUGAAGAUUUGGAAGGGAAGGAGGGAGCCGCGAAUACACAUUACCCUGCCCUUCCAGUGCAUCAGAGAGCUGUUUGAGGCUUCGGAAGGGAGCACACAUGCAUGCACUGCUCUCACCUCCCCCCCCCCCCCGCUUUCUUCAUGAAUUUUGACUUUCGUGGGGGUCUUGUGCCCCUAACCCACGUGAAUGUCAAGAGUCAACUGGGAGACUAUGAAUAAAUACCAGGUGCUGUAUGCUAUAUUUCAGAAGAAGGAACUAGCAAAAUCAAUUCAUAGGGUUGCCAUAAGUCAACAGGCAAUUUGAAAACACACAAACCCACUCCCUGUAAAAUUCAGCUAGUGUAUGCACCAAAAUGACACUGAGAAAUGAAGCUGUUAUCUGCAAGUUUAAGGGAAACCUCAGGGUUUGUUUAAAUUUUAAAAAAUACUGUACCUAGGAAAAGAAAUCUAAGGGGAUAAAUGCCCCUAUUCUCCCCGAAUGAAAAAUGCCCUUUGCAUAUUCAGAAAAUUGUGAAUGUGCAGUGGGUGUGGAUGAAGACAACAACAAGAAAAAAGAAAAUGGGUAAGUUUAUAUAAUGGAAUAUUUUCGAAGAGGCCAUUCUGUGCAGGACUGGUCACUGGUUCUUAAAGGGAAUACAGUAUAGAAGACCCUAGGUUUUUGAAAGCUUCAGUAUAUCUGGCAUCAGAUGGAUUUAGCAGGAUAUGUGGCUACUGUCAAGGGUUCUUUACAGGUGGAUGAGAUCAAAUUGUUGGGCAGAGCUGAAAUGAUUGGAGAGUUUAUGCAUAAACAGUCUUGAGCUUGCUUAUCCUUACUCUCUGUUCUUCAAAUAUUAAUCUGGGACUGUGCACACUGGCAUCUUUGGCUGGGUUGGGGGCGGAGCCAGGGCAUAGCGUCUACACGAUGCAUGCCCUGGCUCUGCCCUCAGGCUGCCAUGACAGCUUGCGGUGUCACGGCACUCCUGGCGCUGUGUCCACAGAACGCAGUGUCGUAUAGUCACAGCUGUCGCGCCCUUUGCAGGGUUCAGGCUCCUUUUUGUGCCCUGCAAAGGCCAGAUUUGGGCCAUGGCAUGUGGUUGCUGCGGCCCCAAUCUGGUUGUAAAAGGGUCAGCUUUGGGGCGAUCUGCACAGCCCCUUAGUCUCCUUUCAAAGUGAGGAAACAAAGGAAGCUAAUGUAACACAGUGGUUCUCAAAUGGUGGGGUGGAACCCCCAGGGGGGUGUUCCAUGCUCUUUCCAAACGUUUGUAUGUUUUAAAUUUACGCAUGCAUUGAGUUAAAUAUUGAUUUUACUUAAAUAAAACUGUUCCAAUUAGAA